GAGAUAAAGUACCGCGUUGGCAGGGUACCGGAGAGAGAGAGCCUGAUGUAGUUUGAGGUGGUUGAAGGGGUAUGACGUGAAUACACGCGCUCGGCAUGCACAGCAUGCGCCGUUCCGCGCCCGUCGCCGCCGGUAGCGCGUCUUCGGGGCGCGUCAUGGAAUGGGCGGAGCGUUCCAAGGGAAAAGGGUUUGUUCAUUCGACGGUUUGGGGUCUAGAUUACCUUCGAUGGGUGCAUUCGCUUUUCCAUCCUGGUUCUUACUGACAAACUUCAAUUGCUUGCUCACCGAUGUCGUAGAAAUGUUAGGUGAGCACGAGGGCCGGCUUAUUUAAGGGUAGGUGGGCCUCCGAAGAGGUGUCAGACAACCUGUCAAGCCCGUGGCGUUGUCCGAGACGGUUUUGAAUGCGGGGCUGGGCGGGGCGAGUGAGCGGCGAGAAUGUUGUGUGACUGAAGCGGGGAGUGUGCAAUUACGAUGAUGUUCACCGCUGUUUCUUGGUGGUAGGAGUAGCAUGCAGA